CGCCUGCAGCCAGAUAACAGCCUAAGCAGUUGGACCGAGUAUCUGCUUGUUCACCCUUGCAACGUGAUGGACACCAAAACACUCUAACGGUGUUAUCCACAAACCAGAGGGACUGUGUUUGGUGGGUAAAGGGCAGCCCGCAGACUGAAAGUUUCACUCAAAGUUACAGUAGAUGGUUAAUAGCAUGUAAAAACUUGAGAGUAUUAUUUAAAAACGAAAGAGACGUGGCCGUUAAAUAGGAACGCUGCUGUGAGACUGUAAACUGAGUUCCAGUGCACUGCGGCGGCAAAGAGCACCAUGAGCGUCCCGCUUUUUGCACCAACUCCGAUCCAGCCGGCUCAUCCGACUCCCUUCUACAUCGAGGACAUUCUGGGGACGACUGCCUCUACUACCUACUCUCCUUCUAUUUCUUCAUCCUCCGCCUCUUCAUCCUCCUCAUGCUCCACGCUGACUAUCCCCACACCGACUCUUGCGUCGCCCAAUUCUUCGUUCACGAGUGUAAUCUCACCGUACCGGGCGCCGAUUUAUGAACCCACGCCGAUCCACGCGGCGCUGUCUCAUCAUGCAGCUGCAAUGUUGACAACGACGUACGCCACCGCCGGGGCUUUCGCUGGCCCCAUCUACCCGUUCCACCACCAGCACAACCGCUCCAUGGGGGAGUACGCCCAGGCUCUGCUGAGGCGCGACCCGCUCGGGAAGCCGCUGCUAUGGACUCCCUUCAUGCAGCGGCCACUGCACAAGAGAAAAGGCGGCCAGGUCCGGUUUUCUAACGACCAGACCAUUGAGCUGGAGAAGAAGUUUGAGACGCAGAAGUACCUCUCUCCUCCAGAGAGGAAGCGAUUGGCAAAGAUGCUGCAGCUCAGCGAGAGACAGGUUAAAACCUGGUUCCAAAAUCGACGUGCGAAGUGGCGAAGACUGAAACAGGAAAAUCCUCAGGGAGGUAAAAGAGAGCUGGAGAAUGACAGUCCAGCUGGGAGGAGUAAUAAAGGUGAUGAGAUGAUCGAGUCGACCGUGAUGCAGAGCCCAGAACAGAAGCAGACAGUCUAUGUGCGCUCUGUGUCCCCACAACACCUGCACACAGCAAUGGACUCUAACGUGACAUCAGACGACACUGACCAGGAGCUAGACAUGGUGGACGACGAAGAGUACACCCGGAAACUGCAGUUCUGACGGUUAUCGACACUGGAUCCAAUGGACAUUCAGAGCUGGAUGAUGAAGGCCAGCAGAAUCUUCUCACACCUGAUUCUGGUCACUCAUCUCCAUUCAGACAGCUUGACAAAAUAGUCACUGGUGUAAUAUUUAGGUAACGUUUACAUCACUUAAUCCUCCCAUUACGUGUCUUUUUGUAUAUAAAACAUAUUCGUUUUGAUUGUCACUUUGUUAUAUUGACCACGGUAAAUGACUUGUACUGUAUGUUGUUCUUAAUUUAGGCUGUUGCCUUAAAAUAUGAUAUAUGAAAUCAAUACAGACCAAAUAAUGAUGUGGUUAAUUGCUUUUAAUAAUAAUAAACACAUUUUCUGAUGAGAAUAAUUUGUCAAACUCUGCUAGAAUUUUAUUACGAUUUAGUAUUUUCCAAAUUGCUACUGGAAAAAGAAAAUCAAUUAAUUACAACAUUUUGGCAAAAAACAGAAAUAUAAAUGAAUAUAAACAAGUUAUAAACCAAAAAUAUAUAGCCUAUAGAAUAUAAACAUAUCAAGACAAAUUUGGCCUUUAUCGUACAUGGCCAUUAAAUAGUCAUAAUUUGAACGAGAGCAAAAUAUUGAGUUCACAAGGGGAACAUACGUUUUAAGAAUGUCAUGUAUAUUCCCAGGCUGCUUGUUUAACAAAUCAUAUGGUCUGCAGUCAUCAGGUUAAUUACAUUAAAACCCAAUUAAAAUGCUACCUAUGUAGCUAUGGUUGGCUGCUCUCACAUGAGAUCUAAGAUAUUUGUAGAUUGUAUUUUUUUAUCUUGUGACUCAAUUAUACACAAUGAUAAAUCAUUAGACUUAGCAAGAAAAACAAUAAGAAAACUUAUGAGGGAGAGGAGUUAAUUAGAUCUUUUACUUAGACAAAACAUACAUUGAAUAAUUGGAACCGAGAAUAACACAAAAAACUUGAUUUAUUAUUUGCAAACUAAUACAUAAAAUAAAUACAGUUAUUCACUAUACGACACUUUCACAAUUUAUUAUAUGAUUUAAGAUUUCGGAUAAGCCUAACGUCAUUGAUGCAUCAAUAAUUGUAUGUAUAGCUGAACAAGUUGUUAGUAAUGAUAAUUGCUUAAUUAGCUACUCGGUUAUAUCUAUAUCUGCAUUAAAUUCUAAAAACUCA